UCAGCCAUGCAAUGGGAGUCUGUAAGAAGUUGGUCAGCAGUUUCAGCUACAGCUGGAAAAAGAAGAGGUCCAGAAGCAACUGAAUCUGCCUCAGCACUCCCUCAGGACGGAAUGUCUGACCAGAUGGGGAUCUAGACAGGCCAUGAUCGACAGAAUCCUUGAACAACAGAAGGUCAUUGCCCAGGUCCUUUCUAAUGACCGGAAACUCCGUCAUCUCUGUCUCUCCUGGCAGGACAUUGAUGUACUGGAAGCUGUCAAUAAGUCACUAACCCCUCUGGUUGAGUUCACCGACAUGCUGUCAGGAGAGAAAUACGUCAGCGUCUCUCUUGUGAAGCCCACCCUUUACCUUUUCAACAAUUCAGUCUUGAAAGACCAGGAGGAUGACACACUACUUGCCAAAACUAUCAUACAUAACAUACUGGAGUAUCUCAAUGAGAAAUAUAGUGACCGUGAAACACAAGAGAUACUUGACAUGGCCUCUGCCCUAGACCCAUGCUUCAAGUUAAAAUAUGUGGAUGAAGACAAGAAGGAAUCCAUUGUGAAUCGAGUGAAAAUGGAGCUGAGGGAUGUGAGGACUGCCAGUGCGAUGGUGGGAGCCCCUUCUGAGACAGCUGCGCCCCCUGCUCGUACCGAGGAUGCUGGUACAGAGGAUGCUGUUCCUUGCAAGAGGAGGAAGAAGGGCCUGGGCAGCUUCUUCAAGGCCAACACAGACCAGGCUGCAGGGCCUCCUCUGCAAGAAGACCAAGUCAUUGCUCUUGAGAUCCGGUCUUACUUCCAGACAGAAACAAUAGAUCCUGAGAAGGACCCUCUGACAUGGUGGAGAGAUGUAAAAGCCACGUCUUUCAAAUCUCGCCAGGAAAUACUUGUGUGUCCCUGCUACAAGCUCCUCGACAGAGAGAGUUUUUAGCACUAAUGGAAACAUUGUUACUUGCUUGCGUGCAUCUCUGAAACCUGAUCAUGUUAACAGGCUGGUAUUUCUUGCAAAAAACCUUUAAGAAAUCUUAACAGCAUUUGCCAUAUUCACCUAAACUUAUUCAAGUUAAAGUUCAUUU